GGUAAUGAAAAAGCUGAUAAGAUGGCUUCUUCCUCCAGGAAUCUUCGGCAGUUAGCAGCCUCGUUACCUUACCAGGAUAUCAAACCGGUCGUGAGGGCAUCAAUCUUCCAGAGAUGGCAGACAGAAUGGGACGAAGAAUCCAACAAUAAGCUUCACUUCACCAAGCCCAUUCUUGGACUGUGGGAGAGUGCCUCUUUAAAAAAUCGAUUUCAUGAGCCCUCGGCUCUGGCCGCCACCUCGGCCACCUCAGCUCGAACCCGCCCACUACAUGGUUUCAGAAGUGGGAUGCCCUGUUCCCGCGGUUCUGCUAAGGACGCUCCGGUUCCUGCCCUUGCUGCCGCCAGUCUCCGCAGUCCGGCCCCGUUCUCCUUCCACGAUGCCGGCGAGUGGCUUCCGUGGUUGCAGCAAUUCGAAGACUACGCCUUCGCCACCGGCAUGCACGUGGCGCCGGACGAGGCACGAAUUAGGACCCUCCUCUAUUGCAUGGGUCCACGGGCACGCAUCGUCCUCAGUUCGCUGAUGUCCGACGAAGAGGCCUACCAGUCCUCCGCAGAAGUCACCCGCCGGCUCUCCAGCUACUUCGUGCACCCCAUAAACGAGACAUACGAGAGCUCCCGGUUCUACAAGCGGACGCAACAGCCAGGCGAGACCGUCGACAGCUUCUUCACGGCCCUUCGGAACAUGGUGUGCUAGUGUAACUAUCCGUCACCAGCCGUUGAAGACCAUCUUGAUUGCGACCGUUUCGUCAUGGGUUUGGCAGAUUCUCGUCUCUCAGACAAGCUGUGCCACACUCCGAGCCUCUCCCUGGACGACGCACUGGUGCAAGCCCGUCAGCAUGAAGACGCCGAGCAAGAGAAGCAACGCCUGUCCCUCACAGCUGGUCAACCGACAGCGCACGUGGACGUGCCAACUUGACAUAAACCCGUGCAGGCGCACACGGAAGGGACCUCAGACGGGACUUUGGCAACUCUGCGUCACGUGACAGGCCCGAAGGUUCUGGAACCAGCAAUGUUCGAGAAGCUUCUAGAAGCAGCCAAAGUGCGCAGUGCCUCUUCUGCGGUCACGAGUAUCAUUGACGGUCCGACUGCCCAGCUGCGAAAGCAGUUUGUAACCACUGCAAGAAGUGAGGCCACUUUUCGUCAGUGUGUCGCUUAAAGAAGCACCUCGGUUUCGUGGAGCUCGACUCCGUUGCGGCGUUAACUCGGAACAGGCGGUACGUUGAGGUCCAGGUCAACAGGCGCCCUCUCGUCUUCGAGUUGAACUCUGGCGCCGACGUUUCGGUGGUUCCGAGCUCGUUUCCUGGCUGCCCAGUCGUCCUCGACUAGCCACGUGGCGAGGAACUUUUCGAACUGGGGAAGCAACCCCUGAAGGUUCUCGGCACCUUCUCUACGGCGCUGUCUUGGCGAGGCAGACACAUCAACAAGCGCCUCUACGUCGUUGCUGGACAAGAGCUGCUCCUUCUCGGCUAUCCCGCUAUCGUCGCCCUUGGCGUUGUCAAGUUUGUCGGCGCAGUCUCAGUGGCCCGGACCGCUGCUCUCCCGGACACACCACCUCGAAAAGUUUCUCCAGCCCUUUCCGUCGGCCUGCGCACGUCGCCGGACGAGUACACGAUCCGCAUCACAUCAAGCCGGACGCGGUGCACAGUCCGGCGUAUCCCGAUACCCCUACGAGACGUAGUAAAGAAGGAGCUCGACAAGAUGGAGCAGGAGGGCGUGAUCCGGCGCGUCGACGGACUGGUGUACCGGCCUUGUCGUCGUACCGAAGCUAGCGGGGGGUUACCGCCUUUGCGUCGACUUGACCAAGCUCAACCAAGUUGUUCUGCGUGAGCGCCACAUGCUCCUGACCGUCGACCAAACCCUCGGACUUCUCGGCGAUGCCUGCGUUUUUCGAAGUUGGACGCAACUGCGGGCUUCCAUCAAGUAUGUUUGGCCCGGAACUCCCAGAAGUAUACAACCUUCAUCACUCUGUUUGGCAGGUACUGCUAUUGCCGCCUCCCAUUCGGCAUUACGUCGGCCCCGGAAUAUUUCCAGCGUCAGAUGUCUCGCCUGCUGGAAGGGUUGGCCGGCGUCGUUAACCUCAUGGACGACAUCCUCGUGUUUGGUAGCACCACGGAAGAGCACGAUCAGCGCCUCCAAGCAGUCCUCGGUCGCCUCCAACAAGCGGGGGUCACCCUCAACGCCGCCAAGUGCAGUUUCGGCGUGUCAAGCGUGCAGUUCCUCGGUGUCGUCGUCGCAGCCAACGGCAUUGCUCCUGAUCCAGACAAGGUGGCGGCCAUUCAGUGUAUGCCCGCUCCUCGGGACAUUCAUGGUGUCCAACGCUUUCUGGGUAUGCUCAAUCAUGUCGGUCGCUUGCUCCCGGAUCUCUCUCAGACGACUGCACCGAUCCGAAGCCUCCUGAGCAAGACUGCAGCCUGGACGUCAGGACCGGCGCAAGCCUCAGCGUUUGAGAAGCUUAAGACUAUGGUGUCCUGGGACAUCUGCCUCGCAAGGUACAACCCUGCACUCCCGAAGACCGUCUCCGCAGAUGCCAGUUCCUUCGGGCUACAGUGCUUCUUCAAGACCAGCCAUCAGGGGAUCGCAGACCAGUUGCAUACGCCUCCCGUGCACUGACAGAAAUGGAACAAAGGUACAGCCAGAUCGAAAAAGAGGCACUGGCUGCCACCUGGGCCAUUAACCGCUUCAACGAGUUUGUGCGGGGUCUUCAUUUCACUCUGGAGACUGACCAUCAGUCGUUGGUCAAGCUCCUUUGGAACCGCGGACCUUGACCUCAUGCCAUCCCGGAUCCAGCGCUUUCGUAUCCACCUCCUCCAGUACCAGUUUGAUGUCAAGUAUGUGGCUGGGAAACAGUUGGCUACCGCAGAUGCACUCUCGCGGAACCCGGUCGACCAGCCACCGACUCCAGCCAUAUCAACAAGGUUGAUGGCUGGAGUAAUUUUGCUGAUUGUUUCAUUGUGUCCUAUUUCAUUUUACAUUUCACAAUGUUGAAUGUUGAACUAGCUGUUUCAUUGUGCCCUCUUUUUUAUUUUUUUACUGAGUAUGCCAUGUUUUGCUGAAUGUAUUCAUUGCGCUGUUGAACUGUUGGGGGGCAGACUCUGUCAGGCUUCACACCUUUAUCACUGCCCCUGGGCGGAAAAACCCGCCAAACAAAAUAAAAAAAAAAGGACCUUA